UUUUGACAGUGACGUUUGUAUAAAAAAGGUUAUUUGUUAUUAUAUUUACUAUAAUGUUUUUAGAGUAUAUAAUUGAUAUAAAAAUAUUUUACAACUGAAUCUCAAAUGUCAAUAUUUUUAAAAAAAUGCGAGCAGAAUAUUUACGUUCAUUUCAUAAAAACGAUUUAAUCAUUAUACUAAACUGUAAUGAUUCAUCAAAACACUUUUCUAUCAAUAUAAACUUCAUAGAACUAAAUGAAUACAAACCUGAAUUGGCCAGAGAAUUGCUAAAUGAUCCAGAACGAAGUUUAGAAGAAUGGGAUAAAGCAGCUUUCUCGACUCAACUGUCCCUUUUAAAAGAAAUAGACAAGAAAUUAGAAUUAAAAAAUAACAUACAUUGUCGUAUAUUUUAUUUGGCACAUUUGGCUCGACGAGCCAAAGUUUUUCCAGGCAAUAAAGAAGAGGGACAAUUUUUACAAAUAUCAGGUACUGUUAUGAGAAUGACUGUAGCAAAAGUUUUAGAAUAUCAAAGAAAUUACAUAUGUGUUAAGUGUAAAUAUUCAAAUAUGGUUAAAGCUGAUUAUAGGCGAAAAUAUAUAAUAAAACAGCCCACUAAAUGUAAAAACCCUGAAGGUUGUGAAGGAACUAAUUUAAUUCGUUUAGGAGAUUUAGAUACAGAUAAUUGUAAAGAUUAUCAAGAAAUUAAAAUACAAGAGAGGCAACAAGGAAUGAGUUCUACACUUAGUACCAUGUGGGUUACUUUAGAAGAUGAUUUGGUUGAUAGUUGUCAACCUGGAGAUGAUGUAACGAUAUGUGGUAUAGUGAAACGAAGAAUAGGAGAAUUUUCACCAGGAAAAAAAAUUGAUGUAGACAUAGUAUUUAAGGCUAAUCACAUACAAGUAGAUACAAACAGUAUAUCUUUUUCUACGUCAAAUCCAGAAAGUGAAUAUCUAUUCAAUAAUUUCUGGAAAAAAUAUGACACCAAUCCUUUAGAAGGCAGAGAUUUAAUCUUAAAAUCAUUCUGUUCUUAUAUUUAUGGAUUAUAUCCAGUAAAAUUGGCAAUAGCUUGUGUGUUAGCUGGAGGAAGUUCUAUAGAGGAUACAACUUUAACUGGGGUGAGAACUCGGUCAGAAUCACAUUUAUUACUUGUUGGUGAUCCAGGUACUGCUAAGUCUCAGCUACUUAGGUUUGCUUCCAAAAUUGUUCCUCGUGCAGUUUUGACAACUGGAGUUGGCUCUACAUCUGCAGGUUUGACAGUUGCUGCCUCAAUGGAACAUGGUGAAUGGCAGUUAGAAGCAGGUGCACUAGUAAUGUCAGAUGGAGGUAUCUGCUGUAUUGAUGAAUUUAAUUCAAUGAAGGAACAUGAUCGAACGUCUCUUCAUGAAGCCAUGGAACAGCAAACUAUAAGUGUGGCAAAAGCGAAAAUGGUUUGCAAAUUGAACACUCGAUGUUCCAUAUUGGCAGCAUGCAACCCCAAAGGGAAUAUAGAUCCUUCUCAGAGUAUGCCUAUAAAUAUAGCGUUGCCAAGCCCUUUGUUGAGUCGUUUUGACUUGGUGAUGAUAUUAAGAGAUACAGUAAAUCAAGAAUGGGAUAGUCUAGUUAUUGAUUAUAUUCUUAACGGGGGUAACAAUUUUUCUAAACUUACUGAUUUUGGACUGUGGCCUCUAAAGCACUUACAAAUGUAUUUUAGAAAAAUUAAAAAUUUCCAGCCCAAAUUAACAGAAGAUGCUCAGUUAAUAUUAAUAACCUAUUAUAAUAUACAAAGAAGAAUGAGUACAAGAAAUAAAGCAAGAACCACUGUAAGAUUAUUGGAAAGUUUGAUACGAUUAUCAGAAGGGCAUGCUAGGCUUAUGUAUCAUGAAAAAGUUCUUGUAAUUGACAGUAUUUUUGCAAUUUUUCUGAUAGACAUCUCCAUGGAUUUUGACUCUUCUGUUUUGAAUCUUAAUACACAAGUUAUCUCUGUGUUUCCUGAAAGACCUAAAGCCACAUAUAAGGAUUUAUUAGAAACCAUUUUGAGUAAAUUACAGUUAUUUGACAUUUUAGAAAAAGAAUUGAAUAUGUUAGAUGCAAAUAAGGAGCACAAAAUACAAUCAAGAUUCUUUGUAAAACAAAACAUUAAAAAUGUAGUUGAAGAUGAUAAUACAACUGUGAUAACAGAAGCAGACAAAAAGAAUAGACACAAUUCUAAUGAUUCUAUUAACGUCACUAAGUCCAAUAAGAAUGCCAAUUCAACAAUAAGUACAAAUACUAACCAAGAUAACAAAAUUCAAAAGAACAACUUAUUGAACAAUCCAAAUGCCGAUGACUGUUCAAAAAGGCUACCAAAUGAUAUUUUUCAAGAAGCUAAAGAUAUAAAACCACUGAACAAAUUAGAAGACAUUCUAGGAGAGACUAAAUCAGAACCGGUAACAUCCUCAUCAAUUAUUACUAACCAAACAGUUGAAAGUGAAGGUAAUGAAAAGACAAUUAAAAGAAAACAUAGCAGUAUGUGGGAGUCUGGUUUCGAUGAAUCUAUAUUGGAAGAUGACAAUAAACUAACUUCUCAAAAAAGUAUUUUUAAUUCGUUUAAAACAAAUGACAUUAUUAAUAAACAAAAAAAACCUCGAAAAGUAAGUUCAACUAGAAAGAAACCUUGUGAUAAUAUUCAAACAGAUUUAGAAAUGCUGAAAUUUUUACCUAGUCAUAAUCUUGAUAUAGAUUUAGAUUUUGAUUGGGAUAAUGUAGGCCCCACUACAAGCCAGUCUGCACGACUUCCUAGUAACAAUAAAUCACAGAUGUUAGAAAAUGUGGAUGAUAUUGAUUUUAAUCUUUAAAUUUAUUGAAUUAUUACGUAAAUAUUUAUAACAGUUUAUCAUACUAUUAAUAAUAUUAAACUUUACUAUUUUAAGCCUAAAAUUUCAUUCUAUUGUAUGUAGAAUGAGAUUGGAAAAUUAAUUCUUUUAUAACGAAAAUAAAUACAACUUAAUUUUACAAGAA